AAUUUUUUUAAGCAGCGCUCUAAUUGGCGGGAUCCGCUCAGUGACGUCAUACAAGUGUCAAGCGCGUCUGCGCAUGCGUGACAGACAUGUGGAUGGAAGAAAUGUAAACAUUUCAAGGAUAUUUGACAAGUUUUAGCAUUGACGACAUGUACAGAGGAAUAAUCAUGUGGUUCCGCGGUAAGGACACUGCAUUUAAAAGAGGUUUAAUGCGUCUAUACGUAAGCAACGUCAGAUCGGAGGACGAUAUAAAGAACUUCAUUAUAGACAACACAGAAGUAGUAAGCAGCCAAAGUUUAACCCCAGAGAUUUCUUUAAGGCUGUUCACACCCACCUGCCGGUUUUGGACGGAGAAACCUGAAUUGUGGCCUUUCCCUGACCCGUACUGGGCAAUAUAUUGGCCAGGUGGACAAGCGCUGGCUAGGUAUCUCUUGAAUAACCCCGAGGUGUGUAGAGACAGGAAGGUGCUGGAUCUCGGCUGUGGUUGUGGAGCAUCAGCCAUUGCAGCCAGACUCAGUGGAGCUUCCCAUGUGGUGGCCAAUGACAUUGAUCCAAUUGCUGCCAUUGCCACACAAAUGAACUGUGAACUGAACAACGUGGACCCUUUACCUUGUGUGACAGAAAACAUGAUUGGUUCAAAGCCUGAGGCCUGGGAUCUCAUUCUUCUAGGAGACAUGUUCUAUGAUGAAGGUAUGGCUGAUCAUCUGCAGAAGUGGCUCCAGACGUGUAUAAGCACACAUGGAACACAAGUGCUCAUUGGUGACCCAGGACGGGCUCAAUUUGAAAGCCAUGACAUUAGAAAAUUAUUACAUCAGCAGGCUUACUUUGAGCUACCAGACUCAGUUAAAGAGGAGAAUUAUGGACUAACAAGUAGCACAGUGUGGUCCUACAACUAUAAACCUAAUCUUUAACAGCUAAUGCAUUCAUGUGUAUGUGUACCAUGUAUAUAAUUAAAUCAAUUUAAAAAAAAAAUACUUGCACGUUUCUAUAUAUGUGCAAAUCCAUCUAUCCCUCCCUUCUCUGUUACUUGCAAAGCAAAUUUAAUUCUACCCAAGUCAUGGGGUUAUUAGUUCUUUGAUUUCUCAAUGUCAUGGGUUAUUAUUUUUUAGAAAUCUAGCCAUGUCCUUAUGUUUUCCUAACUACAUCUUAUAAUAUACCAUAGCGUGUCUACACUUAGACGUCGACAGAGUCUAACCCUACACCCUAGUGUGUCUACAUUUCGACCGAGUCUAACCUUACACCCUAGUGCUCCUAAUUUGCAAAUGCCAAACCAAAUUCGCAAACGUAAUAUGACAAACAGGACCUUUUCAUAUUCCCCCAAAAUGUUAUGGCCAAUUUAAAAAUGUGUGUGUAGAGACCAGCAUGUUUAUG